AUGACCAACUUUACAUUCAUCAUGAAUUCCCGACUGAGCAGAAAGAUGUCGACCAAGAAGAGCAAAGCUGUUGUCAAACGUCUACGACAUGACCGAAACGCCUGGCGUGACGACGAGACCGCGUUUGUCCCAACCAGUCACAUUUUACGUGACUUCCGGCUGUCCAAGGCCAUGUUGGAUGAAUUGGUGUUCCCUACCAACGACAAACAGCGAUUGGUGUACUCCGACAACCACAAAUGGAUACGAGCCUCCUACGGACACAGCGUCAACAUCCGGUUACCAAAGAUUGGCAUUCCUGUCCGUUCUGGCGAGAAUCUCACGUUCUUUGUCCACGGGAUGAAAGCCAGAGAUAUAGAGUCUGUCCUCAGGUAUGGACUGGACCGCAAUCGCUGCCCGUAUGUCGAUUUCACCGACUGUCCCAACUACGUCAGAGCUGGUGCGGAAGUGCUGGUCCAUAUUGACGUUAGAAGGUUCCUCAAUGCUGGCUUCCGGCUCUACAACAUCGGCCCUCACGUCUUUGCCACAGAGUUCACAGUUCCACCGGAGUUCAUCUCGGAUAUAGAGUACCUUGUACUCUGA